AGAGUUAUGCUACCACAUCGAUUACCUCCUGGACAUUACAUGAAUAUCAGACACAUGAUAUCGUUUCACCAGAAGUGUCGGCAGGAUUUUUAUCCAUCCGGUAAUGUAAAAAGAUUUGCAGUACCGGAUGAAAAAAUAUCAUGGACAGUCGAGUAUCCCGAAUAUAAACCGGUCUCGUAUACCGCUACUGCUCUUAAGGGUAAACCUUGGGCUGAUCCAGAAAUCAACGAAUCUACUUUCAAACCAAAAUGGAAUGCGGUGGAUGACAAGGUGAAUCGAAAGAGUUUUAUGGGUAACUAUGUCGUAAACACUGAUGGUUACCCCCUGAAUCCCGUGGGACGAACCGGUAUCAUUGGACGAGGACUUCUUGGCCGAUGGGGACCGAAUCACGCUGCUGAUCCUAUCGUUACACGAUGGAAACGCGAUAAUAUGGGAAUUGUGGAAGUAGAUAAGCAAACAGGAAAACCCGUAUUACAAUUCGUCGCAAUACAGAGGCGAGAUUCCGGAGAAUGGGCCAUACCAGGGGGUAUGAUAGAUCCAAAUGAGACGGUUUCUACCACAUUAAUGAGAGAAUUCAUGGAGGAAGCGCUGAACUUUUUAGAAAUGAAUGACGCCGAAAGAAAGAUCCUUCAAAAUUCUAUAACAGAAUUCUUCACAAAAGGUGACGAGAUUUAUAAGGGAUAUGUGGACGAUCCGCGAAAUACGGAUAACUCUUGGAUGGAGACAGUGGCUAUAAAUUUUCACGACGAGGAAAAUAACGUCGUCGGAAAGCUGACGUUGAAGGCUGGUGACGAUGCGCGUAAUGUAAGAUGGAUGGACUUAAAUAAAGAAAUUAAUUUAUAUGCUAAUCACAGUGAUUUUGUAAAAACAGUUGUGUCGCGACGCAAAGCGCAUUGGUGAAGCGCAGUGUAUAAUUACAAUGAUAUAGGACAAGGAAAUGUUAAC